GGAAAUGAUAGCGUGCUGGCCCUGAUCAAGAAGGUCGAAGGCAAGCACAGGAACGACUAUGCCCUUCUGGUCUCGGCCCUGAGCAAGGUCAAGGAUCUGUCGGACAAGGAGCGAAUGAGCGCCGCCCAGACGCUCUACGAGAGGAUGAACAAGCUGCACGACAACUACUCGGCCAGGUUGUUCGACGUGGCGAUCUUCUCGACGCUCAUCAAGAUAUUCGCGGCCGGCGGUGACUGGGCUCGAUGCGAGGCGCUGAUGCAACACAUGCGCGACGAGAAGAUCAAGCCCACGGUCGUUACCUACACCAACCUGCUCAAGUACUGUGAGCGGGUCGAGAGCUGGCACAAGGCCGCGGAGGUGCUCGAACAGAUGAAGGCCGAGGCUCCCGGACUCAAGCCCGACGUCGUGUUCUAUACUGCCAUGGUUAAUGUUUGUUGCAAGAGGAAUGAUCUGACGCAAGCGCUGCGAGUGCUAGCGGAGAUGAGGAACGAGGGGGUCAAGCCCAACAUUUUCACCUAUGCCUCGCUCGUCAACAUCUGCGAGAGAGAAAAGAACUUGAAAAAGGCGCUCGACUUGCUCGAGGAGAUGAAGGACGAGAACAUCCAACCGAACGUGUACAUAUACACCUCGCUCAUCAACGUGUGCGAGAAGAAGAGGGACCUCGUUACGGCGAUGAAGCUGUUCGACGACAUGACCCGCCUGUACAGGAUCCGGCCCAACACGUUCACUUUCAACUCGCUCCUGAACGUGUGCGUGGAGAAGCGGGACCUGGACAGGGGGAUGGAGGUGCUCGCCCUGAUGCGCCAGCACCAGGUCGUACCCAACACGUCCACCUUCAAUUCGCUCGCCAGCCUCUGUGCCAAGACCGGCAACGCCGCCAAGGGGCUCGAGCUCCUCGCGACCAUGAAAACGACCGGCGUGUCGCCCGACAACCUCACCUUCACCUCGCUCAUCGCCGCCUGCCGCGCGAGAGACACUGAAGGCAACGACGCAGCCGACACCGCCGACUCUACAGCCGCGCAGGCGAGAGAGUCGACAGCAUCGCCACCUCUCGAGCAGGCGCUGUCGCUGCUGGACCGGAUGCAGCGCGAGUUCAAUGUCGCGCCGGACAACAUCACGCUGAUUACGCUCAUGAGCGUGUGCCUCCGCAGCCGGCGGUUGGGCUACGCUCUCCGAGCCUACGGCCAGGCCAAGGCCGAGCUGGCCCGGAACAGGGCGCUGCAGCUGGACAAGGAGAACUACUACGAGCUCGUCAACCUGUGCGCCAAGAACGGCCAGUGGAGGCGCGGCCUCGAGAUCGUGAGCGACAUGGAGAACGCCGGCCUCACGCCCAGCGUGCGCAUCUACAACUCCUUCCUCCGCAACUUUGAUCCGACCCAAGACCUGGAAGAUGCCAAGGAGGUGGUCCGGUUGAUGCGAAGCAAGGAGGUGGAGGAGGAUGACACGACCAAGGUCUUGCUCAGGCGGCUGGGCAUCCAGCCACGCCACAUCGGCCAGAUCCUCCAGCAAGGCGCCAGCAAAAGGGCCACCACUGCAGCGGAGACCAAGAGGAGCAGCGCCAGGCGGGACGAGCGAGCCAACAGUCAGGGCAGCAAACACAAGACGCAGCCAGCAACAAAGAAGAAAGAAAAAAAAGAAGUGAGAAAAUCAAAAUAA